AUGGCACUCGAUGCGACAAUCUUCGCGCCGACGACCCAUCCAACCAUCCCACCGCCCAAGAGCACGUUGCAUACGCGGAAGUAUUUGGAAAUGGCAGCAUACCUCCCGACGGGGUUAGAGGAGCGUGCGACGCCAUUACCGGUUUACGCGCCGAGCUUUGACUCUAGAAACGAGAUCACACUCUCCCCAUCCCGGUCUCUUCACCACUUCAUAUCGCCAUCCCCGCACCAAGGCCUAUCACCUUCCUCGGCCACCGCGGACGCAGGGCCUGGGCCAGUACGGAGUAUGAGCACGUUAAGGCUGGCACGACAUGAGUCGAUCGCCGCCCCUUUAGGAAGUCCCAGGAAGCGCCGCGAAGAACAGGAUUUGAGGGUAUGGGAACGCGACGCACGCAUGUCAAACUCGCAUGAAGGGGAGCAUAUCCGGCAGAUGAGACGGAGGUCGAUGGUUAGAGCCAAGAAACCCGGUACACAGACUCGGGCAUCCACAUCUCCUACAAAAAGUGUGCGCGAUUCGAAAGUGUCAGAGUUGGAUGAGGAGGAGGAGGGAAAGAGGGAGAGUACGGUCUCGGGGUUGAGUGUGGAGAAAGAGAUGGAGUUACAGAGACUCAGCACUACGUCAGGUUCCUCCACUUCGCUGAGCUACCCACCACAAGCACGGGCACUUGCACCACGAUCGCUCAACAUCACGGUCCCGAAGCGUACGGAGACCGGAACACCUGCGGUCUCAACUGUGGGAUUCGAGGCUGUUGUGUUCGACGGUAACGCCAGCCCACGACGGAGACGGACGGGACGGUUGAGGCUGGUUAAUGUGGAGUCAUCAUCGGGGGUUGCGUCUGACUGCGACGAUGGAGCGAGCUCCCUGGGCGCUACUCCUAACGAGGAAGGAGAAGGAAGAUUGGUAGAGGCAAGCCAUGCUCGCAGCGUUAGCGACGCAACCAUCACCGCUAAAUCGACCGGACAUGGCUUCCGCGGUUCCAUCGUACCGCGUAUUUCGUUCACCGAACCGGAGGAUGGAGAGGGCGAUGGGGUGGAGAGUCCGUUGGCGAGUUCGGUGUAUCCGCCUACGCCUUUUAGUGCGACGUUUGGUGCUUCUUUCCGUGACGAAGAGGAAGAGGGUGAGGGAGGGAGGAGUCCGGUGUUCGAGUAUCCCGAGUUCGAUCGAGCAGGGGCGGAGUUGGUGGCUGAGUAUACUAUUCAGGCUGGGACGCCGGAUGGUGAGGUUCAUGCGCCGAUACUGAAGAGGCUGUCUGCAGGUAAUGGCCGUGAGUCAAUUCGAGACCAACACAAGUCCCUGGAGCGAGCGAAGACUCCCUCUCUUCUCGACCUCGAACUCGAACUACCCAAGUUCUUAACCCCGCUUCCACUCACAACCGGCUCCUUCCUCGCAGGCACCAAUACCACUCCCGAAAUCGACCGCACGCAGACCAAAACGCCCAGUUUGGCGGAGAUCCAAAGUUUUUUGAGUCUGGCGGCAGAGAAAUUGGGGAUCGGACCGUUGACGCCGGAGGAGAGGCGUGUUAGUCGAAUGGAGGAGUUCGAGGCGUUAGGCGUUGAGAUUGAGAAUGAUACCAGGUUCGCCGAGGUCGAGCAAGAGGAGGAUGUGCGGCAGGAGGGAGAGGUGACGGAGAAAGAGAAGGAGCGGGUGAGAAGUUGGGAUGCGGAUCCGUUUCAGUAUGAUGUCGACCAACGAUUCUCCACGUUGAAAUUGGACAAGGAGGUGACGUGGGAGGAGGUGACAAGGGAGGAAGGGAAACUGGAGCCGUUGAGGCAGGACUCCGGGUACGCUACCGCCCAUACCUCGCCUAUCGACGAACGCCCCACCCCCACUCCCGCCAACGUCCCCAGAGCCUCCAUGGCCGCUAAUUCAACCGCCGCCUCCCGAUGCCCAAGCGCGUUGAGUGUAUUCACACCCGUCCAGGAACUCCUCCCACGCUUGACGACCAAAGACCCCGUCCCGGACCGUGCAGCAAUGUUGGAGAAGAACCACGCCACUCUCCGUCCAGGCGACGAAAAACUCCGAUGGGGACGUCUCCGUCGGCAGGGUCAUUCACGGAGUCGGAGCGACAUACCCAAUCUCAGCGAGCUGGGGAUCGCGAGGAGGAAACCACAGGGUCCGAGGGUAUUUGGUGGGAGUGUGGAUAUGAGUAUGGGAAUGAGGUCACGGUUGGCUGGUGAGGGGAGUGGAGAGGGGGAGACUGUUAAUCGGGGAUCGGUGAGUUCCAGGGGGUCGUCGGCGGUGAGGGAGGGGUGGAUUUAG